UUUUUUUGUUACUCACCAGCUGUUUUUUGUUAUCAUUCUGUUGAUUAUUCAUAAUUAAAUUUUUAUUUUCUUUUUUCCCCAAAAAUUCUUUUAAAUUUUAAGAAAAUUUCUUUAAAAUGGCUUUAGUUGAUGUAGAUUCUUGGCAAACAGAGUUUGAAUCCUGUAAACGCUUGAGCAAUACUUUACUAUCGCAACUAAACCAAAGGGAUGGCAAACAACAUUUAUCCGCUGAAUACAAUCGUUUUACCACAGCCAUACAGGUGGGCCUAAGACAACAUGAUCGUGAGUUGCAGCAACUUAAAUUCAAACUAAAUGAAGCCGAGAAAAAUAAAAUACUAUCUGCAGAGGAACUUGUUCAACGAAAACGUUUGUUGGAUACUUUACAAACGCAACGCCAAAAUUUGCAACGUAAAUACACUAACACUUCUAAUAAAGAUCGUGCUGCUUUAUUAGAAAAUCCUAGUUCUUCAUCUGCGGCUGUUGCUAGUGGUGAGGAUAGUGAUGCUGCUCCUAUAAUAGAUGCUCAUGAUAUACAAACAUUAAAACAGCAGCAAAUUAGUAUGCUAGAAGAGCAGAAUAAAGGAUUAGAUACGUUAUCGCAAACUUUAUCUAGACAAAGACAAUUGGCCACACAGUUGGGUCAAGAGGUGGAAGAUCAAAAUGAUAUUUUGGAUAAUUUGGCCAAUACUAUUGAAAGAGUGGAAACAGGCGUUAGUAUAGAGACAAGAAAUAUAGGUUUGGUUAAUAGAAGAGAUAGUAGCACAUGGGGUUACUGGGUGAUAAUCUUUACUUUAUUGGUCAUCAUUAUAGUAGUGGCAGUUUUGUAAUUAAGCAAAAGCGUAAAUUCAUCUCAAUCCCCCCUAUAAAACUGUUGUUUGUCUUGUAGAUUGUAAGAUAUUUUUCUAUAUAUACAUUUAUGUUUGUGUCUUAUUAAUUAGUUCUUUCCAAAGCUAAAGUAUACCUAAAGGAUUGUAACGUAUAUGUAUAUGAUAAUUAUUUGAUCAAAAUAAUAUUCUUUUAAUUUAGUUUUAUGUACUAUUAACUAUUAUGUAAAAUAUAUAUCGGAUGUUUAUAUUACAGCAUUUAUAAUAAAAUUAUUAUCCUAAA